AGUGAUAUUAUCCGAGUGUGAUAUCAGUAAUGUUUAUCUCAAUUUAAUAAUUAAGAAACGUGACUGUGCUAAUGCGGCGCGCAUUCUGUGUUUUGGCGGCGGUGAUGAACCAGCAAAGUUAUAAAGUCGGAAACACCAUGAAAACGAUAAAAGACCUCAAGGAGUGGAAGUUCAAAAGUUCACCGAGCUAUGCAGAACUUCCUAUUGACGAAAAUCCGGAGUAUAACGUGCCAAUGGCCGUAAAAAAUGCAGUGUUCUCUAAGGUACCGACAGAACCGUUAGUCGGAACUCUACACCUUGUUUGUGCAUCAGAAGACGCUCUUAGAGACUUGCUAGACCUGGAUCCGGUAGUGGCAGACACUGAGGAGUUUGUCAAUUUUGUUGCUGGGAAAUACCACCCAGAAGGAUCAUUGACUGUAUCACACAGGUAUGGAGGAUACCAGUUUGGUUUUUGGUCGGAUCAGCUGGGCGAUGGAAGAGCUCACAUUCUUGGAGAAUAUGUCAAUAGCAAAGGUGAAAUCUGGCAACCACAACUGAAAGGCUCUGGUGAGACUCCAUACUCAAGAUUCAGCGAUGGGCGCGCCGUGCUGCGUUCCUCCAUUCGCGAGAUGGUUGCAUCUGAAGCUUGUCACCAUCUCGGCAUUCCUACCACAAGAGCUGCAGCUUUGGUGGUAAGCGACGACCACAAAGUAUGGCGAGACAAAAUGUACACCGGUGCGGCGCGACAGGAGCGCGCAGCCAUCGUGAUGCGAUUGGCGCCUGCGUGGUACCGGCUCGGAUCUAUCGAGAUACUCGAUAAACGAAAGGAGCCUAACACUAUGAAGACACUUGUUGAUUUCAUUAUCAAACACCAUUUCCCAGAAAUCGAGACAUCUGGUGAAGAUAAGUACGUGAAAUGGUAUACAGAAAUCGCACACAGAAAUCUGAAUAUGGUUGCUACUUGGCAAGGUUUCGGUUUCACACAUGGCGUACUAAACACGGACAAUGUGAGCGUGUUAGGGUUGACAAUCGACUAUGGCCCCUAUGGGUUCAUUGACUACUACAACAAGCAUUUUGUGCCCAACACAUCGGACGACAUGGGCAGAUACGCGUUUAAUAAACAGCCGGAGAUCAUUCUGUGGAACUUAGGGAAGUUUGCGGAAGCAUUGCAGCCAAUCCUGAACGAAGACCAGAAACAGAAAAUUAAAGACGUAAGGAGCACUCUAGAGGAUUACGUUAACAAGAGAGUUUUGUCAACGUAUCUGCGAAAACUGGGCCUAGAAGAAAUGCUAGACGGUGAUCAGAAUUUAGUUGAUGACGUCUUGCAGCUAAUGGAGCAGACUAUGGCAGAUUUUACAGGGACAUUUAGACAGCUUGCUGAGGUAGACAAUAAAGAUUUGCUAGACAAAUCUGUAUUGGAAUCACAAUGGUCGUUGAACAAGAUUCGUGAGGCUUCCAGGUGGGAGGAGUGGGUGAAGAGGUAUCGGCAGAGAUUGGAAAAAGAAAAUGUGUCUGAAGAUGUUCGUCGAAAUCGUAUGUUGAAAGUAAAUCCCGUGUAUGUGCCAAGAAACUGGAUCCUGCAAGAGGCUAUCGCUGACGCGGAGAAAAAUAAUUUUGAAAAAGUGAGAUUUCUUCUUAAAGUGCUGCGUACUCCAUAUGAUGUGGACGAAGAAGCUGAGAAACGAGGUUACUCAUCACAGCCACCAAGUUGGUCUUAUGGACUUAAACUUAGUUGUUCUAGUUAGUUCUACUAAGAUUAAUUUUUAAUGAAUAUUUACACGCUAAAUGGAAGAGUACAUCAUAUUAUGUGAUAUAUAAAAUAUAAUUAGAUUUACAUACUUAUUUGCAAUAUAUAACUUUCUCAAAUAUAAUAAUAAAUUAUUUGACCGGCCGUUGUCAAACGGUUCUAGGGGCGGUAGAUAAGGUCUCGGGUAUGAUUCCUAGUAGGUCCAAUUUGGAAUAUUUGUUCCUGUUUUGGGUAGUGCUCUGGAAUAAAUUUCAGUGCUCUGGUACUCGUAGUACAGGGAAAUUCCUAGUUUAAAACCAGGUAAUUGGUCUAACAGUCUGGCACAAUUGUUAUAAUGUUAUAAAGGGUACAACUAUAUACCAUAGUUCCAAAAAACUGUAUAUGCAGUUAGACUGCAUGAAAUGAUCUAAUCUGGUAGAAAGUUUUAUUGAUAUAUUGAGUAGAUUAUAGCUUGGAUCAGUGUAUUAGGUACUAUUUAAUCCGUAACAAGAAAACAGUCGCGAGUAAAAGUUAAAUGAUAUAGCGAUUGUAUAUUGUAAAGGGUUGGUUUCCGUAACUUAGUUUAGUAGAGCUCCUUGAUGGGUAAGGAUGCUGGUCAAUUACUGGCACAUGGGACUUGUCAAAUUUGCUUGGGGUAACUGGCAACUGGCUUUCUUUGCGAUUUAGGGUGUUUUCCCAUUAUGUCGUGACGACAGAUAGUUGUGCAGUUUAAAGUGUUGUGGCUUGUAUAUUUAAAUGAAGUUGCUCACA